AUGGUGUCUGGAACGGGAUUGGGGAUACCCGAUACCCGUCGGGUACAGGGAUGGGACAAUAAACUCAAACCCGUCGGGUAUCGGGUACGGGUAUGGGGAUAUGUUGAGGAGUCAGGAGGCCGCACAAAGGAUUUUACUCCGAAGGUUUGGUUUUGGUUGUUCGUUAAUGCAUUGAUGGGGAUGACUUUGGCUCAAGGAUUAUUCUAUUAUGGUCUCAAAGACACUUCUGCUACUUAUGCUGUCAACUUUCUCAACUUGGUUCCUAUAUGUACUUUCUUUACCUCUAUCAUAUUCAGAUUGGAGAAAUUGGGGCUGCAUACUUGGGCUGGUAGAGCUAAGUGUGGAGGGGCAAUUUUGUGUGUUGGAGGAGCAUUAGUUACCAGUAUUUACAAAGGGAAGGAAUUUUAUCUUGGCCAUCAGAGUCAUCAUGUUCAAACUGUUGCCACAGCACACGAAACUCACAUGCUUCGGGGCACUUUUGUUUUGAUUUGUAGCUGCUUCUCAUACACAGCUUGGUUUCUUGUUCAAGUCCAGUUGCUCAAAGUAUUUCCACUAAGGUAUACCGGAACAAUGCUAGCAUGCGUUUUGGCAGCAAUUCAAGGAGGAAUCAUAGGUGUUUGCAUAGAUUCCAGUAAAGCUGCUUGGAAAUUAGAGUGGAAUCUACAACUGGUCACUAUAGUGUACUCGGGAGCACUGGCUACAGCUGCUACAUUCACUAUAUUAUCUUGGGCAAUUACAAUCAAAGGACCUAGUUAUCCCCCAAUGUUCAAUCCCCUGGCUCUUAUUUUUGUGGCCUUUUCAGAAGCUAUCAUACUUGGGGAACCAUUAACCGUUGGAAUGUUGCUAGGCAUGGUUUUGAUCAUGGUGGGAUUAUACUCCUUUUUGUGGGGCAAAAACAAUGAGACAAUGCGUAGGGUUCAACAACUAGCAUCUGCAAAAAUAUCAAACGUUACUAAUUUGUCUAUUCGGACAGAAUCAAUGACCACAAUAGUGCCAAGUUCUUCACCUAUGAAUUCAGUAGGUCUAGCUAGAACUUGAAAAGUUUGACAAAAACUGAAAAAAAAAUUACCAUGCUAGAAGCUAUUCUGUUUAAUUUUUAAAUUACCAUGCUAUC